AGGGUGGCCUAAAUGUUCGUACUUUUAGCAAGUAAGUGGGGGAAAGGACAGUCUAACUAACCAUCCUGAAUACAUUGACUGUAGCUGGAGAGUGCAGUGAACUGAAAGUUCACAAAAACAAGAGAAGUUUGGUGUAUGUCCUUCCUGCAAUCCCAAUGGCUGGAGUAUUUACAGCACUAGUUACUUUCGUCAUUUGCGUUUGUGCCGGCUACUGCAUUGUCCGGAAAAGGACAAACGUCAGAAUCAAGGGAGGAAAUGAGCUACGUGAUCCUCUUGUCUCCAGUAAUAGUGACAGACAUGCGUAAAGACUUUGAUGGUUUACUGCCUUUUGCUCAGCAUGCCUGUAAAUCCCUUCCCCUCCCCUCAUGAUGUAAAAUUAUGUUAUCCUCCACAUGAGCGCGUAACUAACCGCGCUUAGCUACACGCAUGCGCUGCAAGCACGGAGGAGAGUUUGCAUUUCCGGUGGUGUUUACCGUUGCUAAAUAAGGUUUCAGAUUGUGUGCUGGCGUAAGUAGCUACACAGUUAGACCCAGCGCAGCAGUUAGGUGUACGCGCCGCAAGAGAUGCAGAGUUGCAGUAAAUAUCAUAUUAUCAGCUACUUUGUAGAUGCCUGUCUGAUUACCGGUAUCUUCGCGAGCGGGAUCUACCUCGCCCGCAACACCUACGCGGACGAGCCCGCGGCGACUGACGACGGGGAGGUUAUUUUCACGGGCGCUCCGCCGCUGACACCGACGCCGACCAAUCGCGACUGUCCAAUGACGAACCUGAAGACAGUUGAAGUGGUUGUGGACCUGUCAUUCUCGAGGGACGGGUAUCCGGUGCCGAUAAACCCGUCAGACGCGGAAGAUAUCGGCGACGGACUUUUAGAUUUGUUUGUGCAGUCAUCAGCGAAAUCAACUUUUCCAAAAGUGAUACUGCUUACUGCCCUGACGCCGUACCAGUAUGUUUACAAAGUCCCCGACCGCUGCCAACGGGCCGUGUGA